AUGGGUGGACAAAGCAGAGAAGGUUGGUACAUGCAAGGUUCGGAGCAGUCUGACCGGCUUCUGACAUUUUUCGUAGGCGGCAAAGUCAAGCCACUGAAGGCUCCGAAGAAGGAGAAGAAAGAGUUGGACGAAGAGGACCUCGCAUUCAAGGCCAAGCAGCAAGCAGACGCAAAAGCCCGGAAAGAAAUGGCCGACAAGGCAAAAGGGAAGGGGCCCUUGAACGCCGGCCAGCAAGGGAUCAAGAAGAGCGGAAAGAAAUAG